GCGCGCGCAUGAUCUAUUAAAGCGUUCGAUUAUCCACGUGUGUCAUGUCAUUUGUCGUCCGACCGCCGACCAAGACGGACGCAAAGGUUAUCUACAAUGAAUUGUUAUUUAUUUUGUUUUGUUUUGAGUGCGGUUUUAGCUAGUGGAUAUGGUGGGGCAUUUAAAGCAUUAUUAUAUUCUGAUUGGAUAACAUGUGACCACGACAAAACCCUGGACUAUGGCAUCAGCGAGACACAAAUCUUCUUCUACGACUUUAAAAAUAACUUCAACUUAACUUUUCCUAUCGACAGCGCCGUUGAAGGGAUCACAUCCAGCUACAACUUAGACGUUACUAGAAAACUAGUCUUCUUCGUUCCCGGUUACAAGUCACAUAUCAACAAAAACACUGAAGAUUUACUUCGACAAGCUUUCAGUACACUACCAGAUAUAUACCUCAUCAUAGUAGACCACUCAGCCUACACUUCAAGCAAAGGUGGAAAGAUUGCCAGUUACGAACGGUCAGUCAAAAUGGCAUACUACAUAGGAACUGCCCUUGGAAAGUUCUUAGCAGGAUUACAUGAGAAAGGUUUCCCUUCAAACAAAAUCCAUUGUAUUGGCCAUAGUUUAGGCAGUCAGAUGCUUGGGUAUACUGGUACUAAGUACUUUGAGCUGACCAAUGAAAAAGUAUGGAGGAUCACCGGCUUAGAUCCAGCUGGGCCUUGUUUUGCCAACAGUUUUAUCGAAGAUCAAAUCAGAUCUGGUGUAGCUCAAUACGUAGAAGUCUACCAUUGUAAUGCUGGUGGUUUAGGCACGACAGCCGUACUGGCUGACAUAGAUUUCUUCUUCAACAAAAAAGGUAACAAGCAACCUUCUUGCCACGAAGGUUAUAUACCAGGUAAAGGAGAAAGCGAUGCGGCCAAGUGUAGUCACAAAGCGUGUGUGAGAUAUUACUCAAUGUCUGUGCAUUUACAGAAUGGAUUCUUAGCGUGGGCUUGUGAUUCUUAUGAUCAUUACCAUGAUGGUAAAUGUGCAGCCAAUGAAGUGACGAUAGCAGGAUAUAAUAAUCCUGGUAACGCUACUGGCGUGUUUUAUGUGUCCACAGAAAUGUAUGGAAUAGAGUAAGCUGUAGAUGUAAUUGUGCAUGCAAAUUUGGACCCUAUCUCUAAGAGCUUAAAGUUCAAUUUUGUUUUGGUGUGAAUAAACAUUUGUUAGUUAAGAAUGAAAUGUUGUACGGUUUGAUUGGCAUUCAAAAGCGUUUGUAUUGAACUACAAUAGACAAUGUUUUGAUUGAACUAUGCAUAAUUGGCAAAGCAAUGUUUUGUUCAGCAUAAUACAUUGGGUGUACAUAAUAGAAUGCGUAGCAUAAUAGGCAUAAAUCCUAUAAUACUUCAGUGUUACCGUGUUUAAUUAAUAAGGAAAGUAUAUUGUUAAAUAAAAACCACAGCCA